AUGGGCAGCGAGGCGAGCUUGGAAGGGGAAGGGGUCUCCGAAGGGCUGGCGGCGGCCGCACCGGCCGGAGGAGGGGCUAGAGGGGCGGGGAGUCCCUCGCACACAGUGAUCCCGGCCGGCAUGGAGGCAGAUUUGAGCCAGCUGAGCAAAGAGGAGAGGAGACAGAACGCCGCUGUCAUGUCAAGGCAAGAGUUGGAUAGUAGUCAUUCUCCAAAGCAAUCAGGAAGACCCCCAGACCCUGGGCGUCCAGCUCAGCCUGGUCUCAGUAAAAGUAGAACUACAGAUACUUUCAGGUGACAGAAAUUGCCUGGGAGGAGUCCUUCCACCAUUAGCUUGAAAGAAUCAAAGUCCAGAACUGAUUUUAAGGAAGAGCACAAGUCUAGUAUGAUGCCUGGCUUCCUCUCAGAGGUUAACCCUUUAAGUGCUGUCUCCUCUGUUGUAAAUAAAUUCAACUCUUUUGAUUUGAUAUCAGACUCUGAGACAUCCCAGGAAGAAACCACCAAGAAACAAAAUGUAGUUCAGAAGGAGCAAGGAAAACCUGAGGGAAUCACAAAACCCCCUUCACAACAACAGUCACCCAAGCCAGUUCCUAAGCAGCAAGGACCUGGUAAGGAUCCACUUCAGCAGGAUGGCCCUCCCAAAUCGGUAUCUUAUCAGCAACCACAAAAAAUUAAAUCACAACCUCAAGGUACAGGAAAGCCAAUUCAGGGUCCUGCCCAGACUCCUCAGACAGACCAGGCAAAAUUGUCACUUCAACGAGAUGCAUCCAGGCCUCAGACUAAACAGGCAGACAUAGUAAGGGGAGAAUCAGUUAAACCCUCACUGCAAAGCCCAUCCAAACCACCUAUUCAGCAACCAAGUCCUAGAAAACCUCCAGCACAGCAGCCUGGGCCUGAAAAAUCACAGCCUGGGCCUGCAAAGCCUCCAGCUCAGCCUCCAGGGCUAACAAAGCCACUGGCUCAACAACCAGGGACAGUGAAACCCCCAGUCCAGCCACCAUGAACAACAAAGCCUCCGGCUCAGCCCCUUGGUCCUUCUAAACCUCCAGCUCAGCAGACUAGGUCAGAGAAGCCUUCAUUGGAGCAACCUGGGCCAAAGGCUCUAGCUCAGCCUCCUGGAGUUGGAAAGACUCCAGCUCAGCAGCCAGGGCCAGCAAAGCCUCCAACCCAGCAGGUGGGGACACCAAAACCUGUAGCUCAACAACCUGGGCUACAGUCUCCAGCUAAGGCACCUGGGCCUGCAAAGACUCCAGUACAGCAGCCUGGGCCAGGAAAGACGCCAGCUCAACAGGCAGGACCAGCAAAGCCUUCUGCCCAGCAGACUGGCCCAACAAAGCCUCCUUCACAACUUCCUGGCCCAGGAAAGCCCCCACCUCAACAGCCUGGCUCAGCAAAGCCCCUGCCUCAACAGCCUGGCUCAGCAAAACUCCCAUCUCAACAGCCUGGCUCAGCUAAACCCUCAGCUCAACAACCGAGCCCAGCAAAGCCCUCGGCUCAGCAAUCUACAAAACCAGUAAGCCAAACAGGAUCUGCAAAACCUCUGCCGCCACCAACAAUGUCUCCAUCUGCCAAACAGCCUCCAUCACAAGGCCUCCCUAAAACCAUCUGUCCUCUUUGCAAUACCACUGAACUUCUGUUGCAUGUUCCAGAAAAGGCCAAUUUUAACAAAUGCAGUGAGUGUCAAACCACUGUCUGUAGCCUCUUUGGAUUUAAUCCCAAUCCUCAUUUAACGGAGUUUGUAAAAGAGUGGCUCUGUUUGAACUGUCAGAUGAAAAGAGCUCUAGGCGGGGAUCUGGCUCCAGCUCCAUCAUCACCCCAUCCCAAACCGAAGACUGCACCUGUUACUCCGACAUCAGCAGUGAGCAAAUCAUCCCCACAGUCACAGCAGACAUCCCCAAAGAAGGAUGCUGCCCCAAAACAGGAUGUCUCCAAGGCACCUGAGCCUAAAAAGCCACCACCACUAGUGAAACAGCCAACCCUUCAUGGCUUUCCUUCAGCCAAGGCCAAGCAGCCUCCUGAGGCAGAUUCUUCGCCUAAGCCAGCCUCUCCCGAAGAACCUUCUGUCCCAUCUGAGCAGGACAAGGCCUCUGUCGCUGAUGAUAAACCAAAGCAGCCCAAGAUGGUAAAGCCAUCCACAGACCUUGUAUCUUCAUCAUCAGCAACAGCAAAACCUGAUAUUCCAAGCUCCAAAGUACAGUCACAAGCUGAAGAGAAAACAACUCCUCCUCUAAAAACAGACUCUGCCAAACCCUCACAAAGUUUUCCACAAACAGGGGAAAAAGUCACCCCAGUUGACUCUAAAGCCAUAACUCGACCUGCAUCAGAUUCAAAAAUUAUUUCACAUCCUAGGCCUAGUUCAGAGAGCAAAGGUCAAAAACAAGUUGACCCAGUUCAAAAGAAGGAAGAACCCAAGAAAGCACAAACCAAAAUAACUCCUAAACCAGAUGCCAAGCCAAUGCCAAAAGGGUCACCAACACCCCCCCGGGGCCCGCGACCAACCGCUGGCCAAACUGUCCCCACACCUCAACAUCCCCCAAAGCCUCAGGAGCAAUCAAGACAUUUCAGUUUGAAUCUGGGAAGUAUUGCUGAUGCCCCCAAAUCAUAG